GCUCGGUACAUGACCUGCCUAGGACCUCAGGCAACUGCUUACGGGGCAUGUUAGGUACCCCCUCUAUCAUAUGUACGUAACGUAGUGGCCCCAGCCGGAACGUGUGGAAUGGAAAUUCCACGAAAGCUGGCUCCAAUCUACGUAGACUGGACGUGCGAGUGGAUUCCCUCUUUUCCCGAACCAGCUCUCGUCGCUGAAACAACAUCUACCAAAUCUACAGCAGCACGAAGCCAAGCUAGGAGUCCCGACAGCCCUGGCUUUUCUUCCUUUCUUUUUCGACAGCUCGUCUUCCCUCUGCGAGCUAUCUCUGCGCCGCCUCCAAGGUCUGAUCUCGUCUUUCGUCGUGACGCAUAUUAAAUAGGCAGAGCCUAGGCUGGGUUUUACCUGUCGAGGCUGCCUUGCGCGCCGAGGACCCCGAGUCGACGAAACGAACAUGAAGUUAUGGUCAUCUGCUCUGGUUCUCCUGGGUCUGUCCCUGCGGACGGCCCAGGCAUUGGAAGUUCAGAUAGACGAUAGCGAGGAAAAUCACCAACAAUGCGCUGGCAUGUAUAGCAGAAGCUCCUGGGGCGGUCCGGUAGAUCCUUUCAUCCAGGCUAUAUUCCCUAAUAGGGCCAUCGAAGGCGACGAGGACCCCAUCGUCAGCUUGAUUAUAUUCGAGUGGAAAGACCAGGACCUGAUCGGAGUCUGGCCCAAAAACGAAGCUCUCCCGAAGCAGUUGAUUUGCGACGAGGAAAAUGUCAGCGGCGGCGUGUGUGAAAAGUCAGAUAUCGGCAAAUGGAUCCUGUCUCCUAACGCAACCGAGAAUUCAGAGAACUUGAUCUACACCGAGGCCGUACACCUCAAGUCUGCGUUGCCUAUCAACUAUCCCAUCAAGAAAACGGGCUAUUACUGCAUCGCUUCCUACGGCUUCAACACCAAAGACUAUAUGGGCGUUGUCGAGUUCCGGGAAGCGUACGGAGAGCUUCCCGCAACUCAGAUCCCCAAGCUUCCCUUCUACGGAGGAAUCACGAUUCUCUACGCCGUGAUCGUUGUGUUCUGGGGAUUUCUUUACUACCAGCACAGAUACGAUAUUUUACCCGUGCAGAACUACAUCACAGCCAUCCUCAUAUUCCUCGUGAUAGAGAUGUUAAUGACCUGGGGAUUCUACGACUAUCUGAAUAGGAACGGUUCCAACGUCGGCGCCAAGGUUCUGUUAGUCGUCGUGGGCAUCUUAAAUGCCUUCCGCAACUCGUUCUCGUUCUUCUUACUUCUGAUCGUGUGUAUGGGGUAUGGCGUCGUGAAGCCCUCUCUAGGAAAGACGAUGGUAUAUGUCAGGUGGCUAGCAAUUGCGCAUUUUGUCUUCGGACUCGUUUAUGCCAUCACCAGUCUGCUGAUUUCUCCGGAUACCGCAGGACCCUUCGUCCUUCUCAUCGUGCUUCCGUUAGCAGGUACCUUAACCGCCUUUUAUGUGUGGACGCUUAACUCGCUCAACUUCACGCUUAAGGAUCUGCGUGAGCGCAAGCAGUCGGUUAAAGAGGGCAUGUACAAGAAGCUUUGGUGGUGCAUUCUGAUUAGCAUCCUCGUCAUCUUUGGCUUCUUCUUCUUCAACUCCUUCUCGUUCGCCUCGGCGUCCGACCCGGACUACGUUCCCUUCCACUGGAAAACGCGGUGGUUUAUACUCGACGGAUGGCUCAACCUCGUCUACUUCGCCGACGUGGCUUGGAUCGCGUACGUGUGGCGGCCUACCGCGAACAACAGGAGAUUCGCGAUGAGCGACGAGAUCGCCCAGGACGAGGACGGGGGCUUCGAAUUCGCCGACGUCGGCGCUCCAGACGACUCAGACGAGGAUGAGGAAGCGCACAUCGGCGCCAAGGUCAUCAACACGAAAUCCGGAGCAGCGACAAGCACUACCACGCCUGGUAACGCCGCCGCGCCGUCGCAGCCCCCACAGAAUAGAGCGCCGGCCAAACCGGACACGCCGCGGGAAUCAUUUGACGGCGAGACGAUAUUCGCCGUGGGCGAGGACGGUGAUAGGUUCAGCGACGAUGAUGACGACGACGACGACGACGACGAUGAUGAUGACACCAAUCGCGGCGAAGGGUCUAAGCUGGUUACUAAGAAGAAAUAGUGAAUAGGUCACGAACUACGUGAAAAGGAAGGGGUGAACGAAGCCGGAGAGGUAAGGGUGAUGCCGACGACAUGCAUUUGGGGCUAUGCGGUUUCCCUUGCUGUACUAUUAGAGGUAUCCCAUGCGCGGCGUUGGAUGCUUAGCUUAUCCUAGUCAGGCAUGUUCCACGUUUUCACGUACAUGGUGGGCAUGCGUUGGUCAGUCGAAAUUGGCUGUCCUCGAAGCAAUCGUGGUGAUGGCGGCCCGGCCCGGUCCGUCCCGCGCGGUGCGUGUACAGUAAGAUCCCUACAUGUUGCGGUAAUGACGGAGAGAAAGAAAGCAAUGGAACGAGAAAAAAGGUGGCGGUUCUCGGCUUAUCACCUACUACCUAUGAGCGGGAUACAGUCCCC